CUCCGCAGGGUGGCCGGACACUCCCUUAGAGGUAGGGUGAGGGGCUCGGAGUAGAGCCGCUGUUCCUCCACAUCGAGAGGAGUCAGCUGAGGUGGCUCGGGCAUUUGUUUCGAAUGCCCCCUGGACACCUUCCUCCGAAGGUGCUUUAGGAAUGUCCCAACGGGAGGAGGCCCAGGGGACGGCCCAGGACACGCUGGAGAGACUAUGUCUUCCGACGAGUCUGGGAACUCCUGGCUCCCCACAGAAGAGCUGGAGGAAUUAUCUGGGGACAGGAAAGUCUCGGGGUCUCUGCUGAGACUGCUGCCCCUGUGACCCGGUCCCGGAUAAGAGGAAGAUGACGACAUGGCACGCGGGCACCAGAAAAUUCAGUCGCAGCAGAAAAAUGCCAAGAAGCAGGCCGAAAUGAAGAAGUCCAAAGGUCACGAUCAGAAGACGGCAGCCAAGGCCGCACUAGUGUUCACCUGCAGCGUCUGCAAGUCCCAGAUGCCUGACCCAAAAACCUUCAAGCAGCACUUCGAGAGCAAGCACCCCAAAUCCCCUCUGCCUCCAGAGUUAGAGGGGGUGGAGGCAUAAAUGACCUGGAUAUACCUCACUCAAAGCCCUGAUCCAGCUCUGAACACGACAGCAAAGAAUGAUUUAAUGUACCCAACAUGAAAACCUCCUCGCAGUCCACUGCUACCUGUGUGUGCUUGUUUAAAUACAUGCACGACUAAAUCCAAUCACAAUAUUGUCUUCAGAACCAAUGUAGACCUGUACGACCAAUGGGCCCAGACUCACUGCCUUCAUGUUUUGUACGUAUAGCUCUUACUUUGAAGAGUUGAUGAAUUAUUAACUACAUCCCAGAUGAGAAAAAGUGAGUAUCCUAACAAAGUAAAUGGAUAUUUGGCUUGAGUGGAAAAUUCGGAUGUUUGUCUUUGCUGCUGUUAAAAGUGACCUAGUUUGUUUUAAUUGUACCCCGAGUGUUCUAAUCAAAAGGAGGCCUGCACACUACUUCCUCCAACAGUUCUGUGUGCCCUGCUGUACUGCGAUCUUUCAUCCAGCUAAUUAGAAUUUCAUGUUUUGUUGUAAAAUGUGAAACUUCGCCAGCUGCCCAAGCUGCUACACAGAUUGUUAGUAACUGAAACUAUAUUGGAGACUGCCUUUGUGUCUGUAAAAUAAAUGUAUGUUCCAAUAAUGUAUCAUACCAUUUUAUUAAAACUUACUUUGUUAUAUAUGUA